CUCUUCCUGUUCACAAAUCGUUUCCUUCCUGCGGAAUAAUUUCGUGGUACGGAGACCGGCGAAAUUCACAUGUGGACUUUUCAGCGGACGGCGAAUUUCACGCGAUAAUGAGGGGCGAAAACAUCAUGAGCGUAAAUAAAUAGAAUGAAAGCAAAGUUUUCUCAGAAAGGAGCGAAAGUACUGCGACACAAGUAUGUCACAAAUACUUGGAAGUAAGAUUUUUUUCUCGGAAUUUGGAGACUGCGGUUAACUUGGUGCAAACUGAACUUCAUGUUGCAAAUGGCAAUAUUUUGUAUCUUUUCAUAAGUUAAAAUAUAUUGCACAAAAACUGGUUGAAAAACGAUAUCCGAGUGAUGUACAUUCAAUGCUUCACGUAAGCAUGUAAUGCAACAUGAGUGCGUAUGUUCAGUGUGUCUACACAUACACGUAUUGUUUUGUGUGAAGCAAGUGCGAGUUCCUAAAAUUAUUUAGAUACCUCCCAAGAUAAAGCUAGCUUCUCAGCUUCUCUUUUGAGAAGAUGGAUUGUGUUGGAAGAAAAAACAAUUUAUAAUAUAGCAUCUUAAGAAAUGGUGUCUGUUUUGAAAAAGAUUACCAGUGGAACGAACUAGUCGCUUUGUGAUUGUGUCGAAUGAAUUCGUUCCGGCAUCCACGCAACUUGGCUUAUUCUUAUAUUCAUGUAACGUAUUAAAACAUUUUCGUAUCCACCACACCACCGUUGGAUUUCGUUGGGACAAUAGAACAUGUAAAACAUCAAAUUACCGGUUAUACACUUAAAGUGUACUAUUAUCAUUUAGUUAAUACAAAGCUGCAGUGAGUCAGUUUUCCUUAAGGCAAAGAGAAAAACAAAUUUCUCAACGUUUGGGAAACGGUAGAGCAUUAUUACUAGCUGUCAAAUUUUGCUUACGAAUCGGAAUGGCCACUUCAAAGGAAGAUCGCAUAGGAACCUCAUCAGAUGCAGUAAAUGACAUGGACAGCAGUUCUGCUGUGAGUGUGGAGAUCACAUCAACUCCGGUUUCCAUCGGGCGUCAUGCUAAUACGAGCAUCUUUGGUAAUGGUUCCAAUUCUGCUAACACUAGUUCAACUGUAAGCUGCUCAGCAGAAAUUGGAAAUAAUAGCGUUUCACACGGUACAUGCGGCACAUUAGGACCCAAAGGUAGCAUUCGUGGCAACAAACUGGCACGAAGAGCAAGGUCGUUCAAAGACGAUUUCCUGGAAAAAAUUUCGCAGAUACGUACGCCAACCAGUACUAUGACAAGGUCCCAUUCACCCAACAGCCCCCGCAUAGGCUCGGGCAGUAACCGUAAAAGUACAACUGAUGAACCUGCAAAACCCAUUCAAGAUCUUAAUUACCAUGUUCGUCAGGUAAAGAAUGCUCUCACACAUUUCAAAGAUGUCAUUCUAAAGAAUAAAUUGGAAAUGUUACCUGGUAACGGAACGGUUGUACUUGAAUCAAUUGCCAAUGUACAUACUGCUCUGCAAUCCUAUACAUUAAACGAGAAUAGUACAGCAUUCAUCAACGCAACAAACCAUGUGUACAUUUCUCUCGGUAAUCUUCUGAAGCUUUGUGACGAAGUCUUGCUCACUAAAGAGGGUGAAGAUUGUCCCUCACUUAGUAAAGAAAACGUGAAAGAGGUAGUUGAACUAGUUGAAAACGCCGUGAACAACCUAGUGAAUCUAGCUAAUGAAAAACUCAAUGAUCGAGAUGGAAAUAAGCAACAUAUUGCAAGUUCAAAUACCUUGCAGCGUCCAACCGUGGAUGUGGUUAGUCAACGAACUUCUCUACCCGAUAUACCACUAACACCACGUGAACGUGAUCUUCUCGAACAGACUUGUUUAAAAACAGUGCGUGCAUCACAUAGUACAGAGAGUAUAUUACGCGAAUCAAGCGAGCCUCCACCAAAACCACCAUUGCCAGAUCGUUCGAAUGAGCCGCCGCCGUUGCCACCGAAGCGCAAAAGCCAACAUUCAAAGAACCUUUCAUUUCACGAUACAUCUGAAUGCAAUUCCGAUUCGACCUUCUUGGGAUGCGGUGCAUUAGAUCGCAUGUCUCUUCGUUCCCGAUCACCCGAAGACAAUUCUAGUCUCCUAAGUGCCAGCGCUGGAUCGCUGGAUUCAGCAUUAAAUAACUCUCGUGACGAAGAGGAACUACGUACCCUAACCGGGGUCAACGAAAUUAAUGUCGCACAAGGAUGUCAGUCAUCAAUCAAUACCGGCAUAAUAUCUUCUCCUACAUCGGCGGCUCUUUGGAAUGAACCGCAUGAUACUAUCGCACACGGUAUAGUUACCAAUGAGCUAGGGGUUCAGAAUAACCGAAACUCCAAUGAGUCUGGUAUUGAGUCUAUGUAUUCAUUGCGUGUUAGUCGUGAUAAUAAUAAUGUAGGAGCAAUUUCAAUUACUCAGCAAAAAAACGCCACUGUUCAUGUACAUCGAUCAGAAUCAGUUGUAGAUAGUAUAAACGAAGUUCGCUGCACUGCGAUUUAUGCUGGCACUAAGCUGCAAAAUAGUGCAAUGAACGCUGCUAGUCAACCACAAGUUCAUCAGAAUCUCCAUCAGAUACAUGUUCUCCAUCAUCAACACAAUCAACAACACUAUCAACAUCAGGCAUUAAAGAAAAACAUCGAAACAAUUGUGACUCAAGACAAUGCAGAUUGCAUGAAAAAAACGAUCAUUCUGCCCGGUGAGGAAUGUCAAAUAAUUAAUAUGCCGGAGAUUCAAGCUACGUCAAGCCACAGUGUACCAAAACUGGGAGAACACACAAAUUUCGACGAUAUGUUGGGAAACGAUGAUGUAUUUCCUUGUCUAGUUUCAUCGGAUCGUCCUCCAGCACUUCCGGUUAAAACGCGAUCACAAAGCAUUAAAAAAGAAAGGCACCCCUCACAGUACGAUAAUGUUGACGACAUAGGUUCUGAGCAAAGCUCCCAGGUUAUGCUGGAACAUAUUUCCAAACAAAAUUUACCUUCGUUACUGCAUAGCAGACAGCAAAUGUUUGAUAAUUUGUCCAACAAACAUGUAAGUCUGAUCGAGCCGAGACUUAUAAACCGUUUUCAAGAAGAACCACCACCGCUGCCAAUUAAAAAAAAACAUAUGUUUCAAAGUGUUGCUUAUUCAGUUAUGGCAUAUAUGGAAAUAUUUGGCAGUGCAACUCAAAAUCACUCUGAGUUUAUGCGUCACUCCGUGCAUACCUACAAUAUGACACAAUCGGAAAACGCUUCAUCUUCCAGCCAUAGCCUAUGUCACAGUCAUACCAUGAGUUUGUCUCCAUCUCGCAUAGCUCCUGUUUCUCCACCUGAUUCGCCGAAUAUUAACAGUAAACCACCAGCCCUACCACCAAAACGCCAGCGCAUCAAUAGCAAAACCCAAAACACAUCAUCAACACCUCCUCCUAGUCCAAAAAUCAUGCAAGACUUAUUGUACCAAUCUCAAACCUCCAAAAAAAUAAUUUCGCCAUCAUCGAGAAUUAGUAAAACGACAUGCAGUCAUUCUUUGGACGUGACCGGAGCUUUCUUGAUAAAAUCAAAACUAUCACCCAAUUAUCGCGAAACAACCAUCGAAUCAGAUACUGGCAAAGUUUCGACAUCUGAAAUUGUUUAUACUAGUACUUCUACUACUACUGCUAUUACUAAUUCUAUGUCCACAACCCCAGUUACUGCUGCUGGCUCUUUUUAUGUAUCUAAUGUACCGAAUCUAACACCUGAAUUGAGUGAGGACGUUUGCUCUUGUGCUACAAACGUUUUGAAUCAAUCAGAUACUAUUAGUACUGAAAGCGGUAAAAUGAUCAGAAAUGCCAAACUAAUCGAUUGCAAUGUUGAUAAUCAGAAAUCUAAUUCUGGCGACUAUUUGCAUCUUUGUGAUGCAAGUACUAAAGCUUCGGAUACUAUAUAUCCUUCCGUUUCAAACCCAGAAAUUAUUACAAUCGGCAAUAUUCUAGUCAAUAAAUACAAUAAGAGCAAUAACAUUAUUGUUAGUAACAAUAUUGGCUCUAGCUGUACGGCAAAUAAUCAUAACAAUAGUUGUAGUAAUAGUAGUACUAGUGGCAUACUAGUAAACUCUUCUGAUGUAAUUGUGGAACCAACAACCGUGGAUGAUCACCGCAGCAGCAAAGCACUAGAAGAGGAGGUCGAAGUGAUACUUAGGCGAAAUAAUAAGAACGGCCUGAGUGUAGCGGAAAAUCAACAACCUAUCAAUCUGAUGGAAGAACUUGAUGUAAGCAACUAUCUUGUAUUCAAAAAGGACAACGAAGACGGUCCUGAUGUGAAAGGAGGGCAUCCCGAUGCACUUAUCAUACACGCAACACGAGUGCAGAAAAACUCAGAUGCAUAUGGAGAAGCGUUCAUCACGACAUUUCGAACAUUUAUAACGCCAUUGGAAUUAAUACAAAAACUGUCUCACCGGUAUACGGUAUACCACUGUCAACUGAAUGAUGCCAAACAAAAAGCAGCCAAAGAAUCGUUUUCCUUACUAGUCCGGGUUGUGAAUGAUCUUACUGCUCCUGAUCUAACAGAGCGUCUUCUUGUAAUUUUGAUGAACUUCAAAUAUCAACUGGUCAGCGCAGGACAUCUGAACAUGGCAAAACUACUCCGCGUCAAACUUAUAGAGAAAGUGUUGAUUUUUAAACAAAAAGCAACGUUUACCAUUCAAACGCUAUCCUCGCGUGCAGUUAUGACAUCGCUUCCUUCGUUGUUAGAUCUGAAAUCUGCUGAAAUUGCCGAACAAAUGACGUUGUUGGAUGCCGAGCUUUUCCAGAAAAUUGAAAUACCAGAAGUUUUAAUCUGGGCCCAGGAGCAAUGCGAGGAACGGUCCCCAAACUUGACUCGAUUUACUGAACACUUCAAUAAAAUGUCAUACUGGGCCCGCACACAAAUUCUCUCGCAAAAUGACAGCAAAGACAGAGAAAAGCACGUGAUAAAGUUCAUAAAAAUCAUGAAACACCUUAGGAAAAUAAAUAACUACAAUUCUUAUCUAGCACUAUUAUCGGCACUUGAUUCAGCCCCUAUCAGAAGGUUGGAAUGGCAUAAAACUAUAACUGAAGGAUUAAAAGAAUACUGUGCACUGAUUGAUUCAAGCUCCAGUUUUCGUGCAUACAGACAAGCUCUUGCUGAGACGAAUCCACCCUGUAUUCCAUAUAUUGGGCUUGUGUUACAAGAUUUGACAUUUGUACACAUAGGUAAUCCUGAUUUACUCCCUGAGGGAUCGACGAAUUUUUCGAAACGUUGGCAGCAGUACCAUAUUGUUGUGAACAUGAAACGUUUCAAGAAAGGAUGCUAUCCAUUCAAGAAAAACGAAAAAAUAAUUGGUUUCUUCGAAAAUUUCGAAAAUUAUUUGGACGAAGAUGCCAUGUGGCAAAUAUCGGAAAAUAUAAAACCCCGCGGCGCAAGAAAAAACUACGUCAAUUAGGGCAGAUUAAAGUGCAUAGUUUUGAUGAUGAUGAAGUGCGUAAAGCAUCACGAUUGUGUAAUGCUGUAUGCUAUAAAUUGUUCAGUAAACAAUUCGACGCCCAUCUAGCAUUUAGUAUCAUCUGAUCAUCCAUGCUACGGAACAUAGUGCUGACCGGGGUGUGUAAUAUUCAACUAAUGAAAUUUCAAACAUGUUACAAUUUUGCUAUUAACUGCAUUUAAUAGAUUGGCAUUGGACAAAAUAGAUCAACAUAUUUUUGACAUAAAUUGUUUCAUAUUUUAUUUCGUAGAAAUGGGUUCUAUGGAAUUCCUUGUUCAUUUAAAUAUUUUUUCAUGCUUGGUCGUAAAUAUACCAUAAGUUAUAAUCUAUCAUUGCCUCCAAGUGACAAGACUCCACGCGGAAGAGAUUAAUCUGCAGCUUUUCAUAGAGCCACACCUAUCUUUAAAAAAAAAUCAGCGAUACAACGAAUGAUAUAUGUGCUAUGACGUGUCUCUAUGUGUUAGCAACUUAUUCGAAAGGGAUUCAACAUCCAUACCACUAAUGAAUAGGGGUGUGCAAUAAGGAAUAUUAAGAACAAGAUUGCGUAUGAAUUGAUUUUUUUCGUUUUUUAUUUAACAAUUACAUCUAACUACAACCACAACACAUAACCCUCAUGAAAGCAGUGUAAGUCGUUAGCUUUUACUUUCGCCCAUCUUACAGGUGAUUCCGUGUUCUUGGAGCUCAUCAUAUCAUCCCAAGUGAUGCAAUCAGAUUCGCACAUACCAUUUCGAUACUUUCAUACGAGGUGAGGCGCUGUUUCUCAUACAAUCAAACAAGUGGUACUAAUGAAGGGCAAUGUCUGGUAUAUGCAGCGGAUAAAAUAUCGUCCCCAAUAUUAUCCAAUAUUUUGGCCGAUUCAGUGACAUGUGAUCGCGCGAUGGCACUUAGAAUAAAAGCUUGAUUUUGUAUUAUUCCAUUCUAUGCGUACAGCUGGCUUCUAACGCAUUAAAUGUUGUCGAUAGCAUUGCCCCUUUAUAGUGUCACAAAAUUUUGACGGCUCAUAGUGCACCAACAUGUUCAUACCCUAACAUAAAGAAAGCAUAACCGUUGCUCAGUGAUUACGAUGGACCAGGUUCACUAGGCUGUAUAUAAGCCCUUUUGCGUUUUAGAUUUUAGUGAUAAAUCCACUGUUCAUCCAGUGAUGAUUCGAUAUUAAAACAUAUCCUUUUCCGCUUCACAAGCAGCAAUUUGCAGCGGUUUUCUGUCCUUUUUUCUGGAUUUGUAUGAUAUGAGGCUCCAUUUAAUUAGACAUUUUUCUAAUCAUUUCCAUGGCAUUCUGGUGUUUGAAAAUUGUCGUGUGGUCAACUCCUAACUAUUCUUCAAGUACUUUUCAUGUCGCGCACAUAUCCUUGUGGAACAUGUCAAAUCUUGCCAACUCUUUUAUGACGGUCCAGAUCGUUCUAGGUUUUGCAAGCUAAAAGCAUUACUUCAAAAUUCCGCAAACCACACCCAGCGCUCUCAACAAGCACCAUAAUCAUUUGUGACUCCUGAUAUUCUUUUCCGUGUUCAAACACAUUUAAUUCAAAAAGAACGACAGGUUGAAUAGCUAAUGAGCAAAGCCAUAAAUUGGAAAACGGCAGGAAUCCAAACUCCUAUUAUAUAAUUAAUGAUGAGAACAAAACGAAUCGUUUUGUUACACAAUUACACAGCGGUAAUUUCACUGUCACUAUCUUAUUAUAGGUUUGUUUCGUAUAGGCGAUAAACUCAAGUGGUCCUUUUCGUGCAUUAUAUAAAUUUCUUGUUGGUAAGAAACUUGAAUAAAGAGAAGCCAUUGGAAAUUGAUUGCUCGAGUUUGUCGCUAAAUGAAAUAAAUUUGCUGUGAAAAGUCUUUAAAAUUACCACCAAAAAAUUUAUUUAAGAAACCGGUGGAAGAAGGGUCAUGCAAUCGGAAGUCUUUUAAAAAGGCGUUCUUCACUCAAACAAAUGAUGAUUAAUUUAUCGAUGAUGAUUUUUUCUCCUACCUAAUGCAUACAAAUAUGUUUUUUUACCUUUUUACCCCUGAAACGUUCAUAAAAAAUCCUCAACGGUUUUUUUGUUGAGAUUAUCAUUUAUUUUUGUGACAUGCGGUGCAAAAUGAAAAUGUGCGUAUAAAAUUUUUAUAUUGAGAACCAAUUUUGCCACAUGCAUUGUGUGCGUGCUUGCGUUUACGCUUGAAAAAUUCACGUUCCAGAUUUAGGGAAAAUAUUUUAGCAAUAGUAAAUCAACAUAGAUUCCGAUAUGUCAAAAUUAUGCUAUUAAUUGAUAGUUUGUUUUUGUUUGCCGAAGAUACGUUUUAGCCUAUUUUAUGAUGCAUACUAACGUCUAAGUUUUUUUUCAAAAGCACAUAUCAAACCAUGAGCCAACGGUGUUAAUAAAUCUUCAUGACUUGUAGCUACCAUAAUGUAAUGCAUGCAAAAUCAAUGAUGUUCAAUUGACUGAUCACUGACUGAAAAGUGUUUUUAUAUUAAGGGAUUAAUUUCUUAGCGCCAUACAAGCUAGAUCACAUAAACUUACAUUAGCACGGAUUAAAUAUUGUAACCCGAGGAAAUGUACAAUCGACAAAUGAAUCUAUUUUAAUAUUCAAUUUUAGUGUUUAUCUCGGUAUUCUUGAACAAUUAUAAAUAUAUUUUGCAUUCAGUCAGCUAUGUUUCUGAAUAAGUAUUCUAGUCGGUAUUUUUUUAAAACUAUGUGAAAUUAAUAAGUACAGUAAAGGUAUUAGAAUAGUAAAAACUGUGAGAUUGAUUAAGAUUUUGUGUAAUCGAUAUACAAAUAUACAUGUGCAUAU